AUGAAUACCACAGCGCCAACUUCUGCUGAUGCCUGCCUUAGUAUAGUUCAUUCUCUCAUGUGUCAUCGGCAAGGAGGAGAAAGUGAAGGCUUCUCAAAACGUGCCAUAGAGUCACUUGUAAAGAAACUGAAAGAAAAAAGGGAUGAAUUGGACUCUUUGAUUACAGCAAUUACUACAAAUGGAGCUCAUCCUAGCAAAUGUGUCACUAUACAGAGAACUCUUGAUGGACGCUUACAGGUUGCUGGUCGAAAAGGAUUCCCUCAUGUGAUUUACGCACGCAUUUGGCGUUGGCCAGACCUACACAAGAAUGAGCUGAAACAUGUUAAGUUUUGUCAAUUUGCUUUCGAUCUAAAAUGCGACUCAGUUUGUGUAAAUCCUUACCACUAUGAGAGAGUCGUGUCACCUGGAAUUGAUCUCUCUGGCCUUACACUACAGACAGGACCCAGUAGGUUAGUGAAAGAUGAAUACACAGCAGGUCUCAGCGGCAAUGGCAUGGACAUGGAUACAGGCGAAUUGGUCACCAUCCAGCAUCACGCAACAAGCCCCAGACACCAUCAUUCAACCAUACCUCAUCACCAUCAACAAUUCCAGACUACAAAUAUUAUUAUCAACCAAGGCCAAACGCCAGAAAGCGUUGCGAACAUGUUUUCGCCGCAUGGGUCCCGUCCGCCUAUUCGACCGCCAGGCGGGCCACCACAACUCACUCAGCAAAUGGUUCACUCUCCAAACGCACAACAAAUGUUAACAAAUCAUCAAGGUGGUCAAAUGCAAGGCAACCCACAGAUGGGUCCAGGGACUCCACAAAUGGGACCUGGAACGCCACAGAUGGGACCUGGAACGCCCCAAAUGGGACCUGGAACACCUCAGAUGGGCCCUGGGACGCCUCAGAUGGGCCCUGGCACACCUCAGAUGGGGCCUGGGACACCACAAAUGGGGACGAAUGUGCCGCAAAUGGCAUCACCGCGAAUGGCCUCUGCUCCAACUCAGAUGUCUCCAGGAACUCCCCAGAUGCCGAACAUAAGCCAAGGAAUGUCUAUACCGAGUCCCCAGCAAAUGGUCAUGGGUCAACAAAGAGCUAUUGCACCAAAAUUGGAGCCUCCCGACACAAUGGAUGCGCGCGCGAUGUGGCUGCCUAAGAGAAUGAAUCAUUCAACGAUGCCGGUGAGCAUGUCUCCAGGGGGCACUACGCCACUUAUAGAUGGAACUAAUACAACAUUCUUCACAACCGUACAAACAACUGCAGACACUCAAAUGACGCAAACAAUUCCAGCAGGCACAGUAACAGUAGCGGCGGUGUCGUCGGUGGGGACUGUGCCCGGAGUGCAGACCACUACAGUUGAGACACAGCAGAACGGUUUUGUAAAUGCCACAAGUCCUGCUCCUCAGCCCAGUCCACUUCCACAUCGUACCCAAAAUCAGCACCAGCAAGGCACUUGGACUGGCAACAACACACUUACGUAUACGCAGAGUCUCGCACCUCCCCCAGCCGCCCCGCCCGUCCCAGUUGAUGCACCUGCACAUCAUCAUCAUUACUAUAAUGGCAACCCUGGUGGUUUACUGUCAAGCCAACCGGCACCAGAGUACUGGUGCUCAGUAGCAUAUUUCGAAUUAGAUACGCAAGUUGGAGAAACCUUCAAGGUCCCUUCAAGUAGACCUAAUGUCACUGUCGAUGGGUACGUCGAUCCGUCUGGUGGUAACAGAUUUUGUUUAGGAGCUCUAAGUAAUGUUCAUAGAACAGAACAAAGUGAACGCGCAAGAUUGCACAUUGGCAAAGGUGUACAAUUAGAUCUCCGCGGUGAGGGCGAUGUGUGGUUACGUUGCUUGUCCGACCACUCGGUGUUCGUGCAGUCUUAUUAUCUAGAUCGAGAGGCUGGCCGAGCACCAGGGGAUGCAGUACACAAGAUAUACCCAUCUGCUUGUAUAAAGGUGUUCGAUCUGCGGCAGUGCCACCGCCAGAUGCAGACGCAGGCGGCCACGGCGCAGGCGGCGGCCGCGGCGCAGGCGGCUGCCGUCGCCGGACACAUCCAGCCCGCGCACCCCGGCAUGAACAAAUGUCUGACUGCAGCGGCUGGCAUCGGUGUGGACGACUUAAGACGGCUUUGCAUCGUGCGGCUCUCAUUUGUGAAGGGAUGGGGCCCUGAUUACCCGCGCACCUCAAUCAAGGAGACACCGUGUUGGGUCGAAGUGCAUCUACACCGAGCACUCCAACUCCUUGACGAAGUUCUGCACACGAUGCCUAUCGACGGUCCUCGGACAACCAUCGAGUAG